AUGGAUCGACCUACCUCAGACAAGAGUCUAUUAGACCGUCUUAACGCACUCAAACCGACGACUGUCAGUCUCGAUACAGCAUCCAAGUCAGGCCCGGCUUCAACCAUAGAACCGGCAAAGCCAGCCUCUAAGGAAGAUGCACUUUCGGAACGCCUGAAGAGUCUCCGGGAACGAGUUGAUCCUGAAAACCAGCCCCAGGCGGGGUCGAUAUCUUCAAGUGCAGAUUCAGGCAUACCGCCUUCGUCCAGCAAGGACAAACCCCCGGCUGGUGGUGGUGGGGAUGAUCCCGACGUUUUGCUAGACACCGAUGAACAGACGCUGGAGGAACUCUUGGCAGACCUGCAGUCUGAUGAGCAGUGGCUGGAAGAAGUUGCGGCCGAGGUGACCCGGAGCAAGGAGGAGGAGCAUCGGCGAGUAACGUCGCUUCUGGAAGACCUGGGCAAUGCCACACCUGAUGAUCAAGAACAGACUGAAUCGGAUUUUCGCAAAGGCAAAUCUGACCACCCAGCCUCUGACGAUGACUCCGAUGGGGAAGGUAUGAAAAGGGAGGCCACGGACAUUCUUGCACAAGCCAUGGAUCAGGCAGAAUGGGAGACGGCACACUUACCUAAGGAACAGCGGAAGACUCCCGAGAAGUCUCAUAGUGUAGGACAGGAUCCUUCUUACGACCCCUUUUCUCUUCCUACUGUACCUUUGGACCUUCAAGAUCAGCCUGACAUUCCCGAUACCGCUCCCGAUGACGCUGACUUUGAGGCUGCCAUUGCAUCUCGUAUGGCAGCUUUGAAGGGUCUGGGCGGCACGGAAAGAACGCUGCCUUCGGCGCCUACAUCCCAAGUGGACGAGCUAGGGUUACCCGUUGCGCCCACAUUUGCCCCCAGCGAUCGCCCGGUUACGGGCGUCUAUAAAAGAUACGGUUAUUCCGAUGAGGACGAGAAGACGUGGUGUACGGUCUGCCUCGAGGACGGCGCUGUUCGCUGUUUUGGCUGCGAUGAUGAUAUCUACUGCGCCCGUUGUUGGAAAGAGAUGCACGUAGGACCGUCGGCGGGUUUUGACGAGAGGGGUCACCAGUGGGAGAAGUUUGUGAAAAACAGAUAA